GGUCCCCCGUCCGCAGGCAGCAGCGGGCGCGGCCGCCGACCCGGAGCUCUCGCAGCUGGCCCGACAGACGGGCGUGCCGCCGGAGAAGCUGGCCAGCGUGCUGGACGAGCUGCUGCCCCCGGUGGCCGCCGCCUCUGCCGAACAGAUGCUGGCCGCGUUCGUGAUGAAACGUGAUCGCCGUCCGGCCCCCAAGUAUAAAGUGCUCACCAUGGACUGUGACAGAAAGGAGUUUGAGAACAUGGUGAACAUCAUGUGUCGAAAAAUGGCGCACAUCAUCGUCGAGUCUCGCCUGGGCAAGAAGAUCCACACACCUUGCAAGGUGCACGCCGAUGUUCCGGAUUGGUUCAACCUGUCGCUGGCCGACAUGCCCGAGGUGGUGAAGGAGGUGAAGCACCUGCUGAUGUCCUCGGGCGGCCUGUGGGCGGCGCCCGUCACCAGCUUCUGCGUGGAGAUCUCGCUGAAGACGGCCGACGGCGUGUCACUGGUGCUGGAGCAGUGGGCGCUGACGCUGGACACUUCGGCACCGAGCGGCGCCAAACCGCCGGCCACCGUCGUCAACCAGCUCGGUGUACUGCUAAAGUCUUUGCUGGUCACCACCCGUCUCACGGUCGGCUACAAACUAUCUCGGCAGCAGAGUCAGGAGUCGCACAUCAUCUUCUACAAGUUCUACAUCGGCGAGCCGGACCUGCAGGGACUCGGCGAAGCCAGCGAUCGUAUGGCGAUCGGUGAGGUGAGCACUCCGGUCUGCACGCUGAACCUGACGCUCUACCACCGUACCAAGCUGGCCAUCUCGGCACACUCGGCGCAGCCCAUCGUCAUGAAGAGCGACCACUUCAAGCCGGAGCAGAGUCCCCGGGUCCGCCGCGUCACGGGCUUCGCCGAGCGGCGGCCCCGCUCAGUCAGUGACAGCGUGGAGAUGAUUGGCGCCUCCUCCUCCUCGUCCUCCAACAUGGACACCAAGACCACCGGAGGCUCCUCCACAGACAGCGAUCAGCGUCGCCGCGUGGCCGCGUUCGCCGACGAUCCGUCUGAGAAGCCGGCUCCGGCCGGUGACGUACCGUUCCUCCGACUGGUCGGCGAGCCUCCCCCUCCCGCCGCCGCGCCCGCCGCCGGCGCGGACGUCACCAUGGCGGACGGCAGCGCGCCGCCGGCGCCGCAGCCGUCAGCGCCGCCGCAGAGGGUGGUGUCGGACCAGCCGCGGCCGGUGGCCGCCGCCGCCGCCCUCCCCGCGCCCGGAGCCGCGCCUCCGUCGCCGUCCGCCGACGACUUUGUCAUGGUAGAGUUGCGCACCCCGUUCAGCGAGGCCAGCUCGGACUCGGAGCUCGGCGCGUUCUUCCGCCAGUGGCAGGCGGCGCCACCGCUGGCGUCUCUAUCCGGCGGCGAGCAGGGACCGCCAGCGGCCGGCGCGGCCAGCCCACCCCCUCCGGCCGACCAGCAGGUGGUCUCCCUCAGCGAACAGCUGGCCAGGUUCGAACUGAAGGCCCAGGAGUUUGACGAGAUGAUCGCGCAGCUCGACCGACAAGAUGGCAGCAAACAGUGACGUGUGUGAGCCGAGUGCUGGACAGACCAAAGUGAGUGUACAUAUAUACUAUAUCCCUACAGCCGGGUGGACAUGACUAUUUGUACCGUGUUUAAACUGGCGAUGUUCGCUCGAAAGGCGCUGUGAGAGGGCGGGGAGACGCUCAGGGUAUUUAAGGAGUGCUUUCGAUGGUCGCUACAGGCCGUUGGGUUCUCUGAGUGCUGUACGCCGCAUAUUUUAUGUUGCUUGUAUAGGGCCGGAGAUCCAUGCCUGUCCAGUGUCCACCCGACGCCCCACAGCAGCUGCCAUUCGUUUGUGAGAAGUGUAUUUAGGGCGGUAUGCCCGAAUGUAAUCUACGUUUGGCCGCCCGGAUCCGGACCGGCCAGACGCUCGUACAAUGUGGCCCAGCGCGGGCCCGCCGACUGGACAAUACAACAGGUGACGAGCGCA